UUCCCCUACCGUGACAAUAAAAGAGAUGAGCUUAGCUCUUCGGAGCAAUAAAUAAUCCUUCACUAAGUGCAUUCUUUCACGUAGCCGUUGCCACUGUCAAACGUCCGCUUCCUUGCCCUCAUCAAAGAUGAUUCCAUCCUCUUCUCAUGCUCACAGUUGCUAAAUGGGAGGUUUUAGCAACUUGCUGAGAAAGGCUCGGGCAAAAGCUUCCCAGCCUCGAUGGCUGUUUCGUGUGCCUCGGCCGCUGUUUUCUGGUGAGGCGACGGGUCCCUGAGUAAGUUCUUUCCGGACUCCCUUUGCGCCCUUCAUCUCAGGAUUUAUUUUUUGGCGCGCUUGUUCAAGUUUGAGGAAGAAAAGGGAACCGGCGUUACCAUGGCUGCAGAGCCGUUCCUCAGCACUUCUCCUACUCCAGCUGACAGGACUCAGGCGGAAAACGAAGAGGGAGACGCCGGGAAAAGGAGCAAGCAGGCAGCCGCCAAAGCCCGCUGGACACUUCUCAGACAGGUUUUGAAGCAAAAGCCCUUGGAGAAUGCCCAUCUUCAGCAAAUAUCAGUACGGAGAUUUGCUUCAUUUGGUCUCUUCUCAAUAACAGAAGACAGUAAAGUGACAGAAGAUGACUCAAGGUCCUGGGUUCAGUACAAAAGCAUCUAUUAUCCUGACUAUAUUAUAUCAUUAAGAUGCAACAGCAAAGUAUUAAAUGUUGGAGAUGUUCUGACAAGUUUUGACAACACAGGAAAUGUUUGUGUCUGGCCUUCUGAAGAAGUACUAGCUUACUACUGCCUCAAGCACCAUGAAAUUUUCAGGGGCCUUGCUGUGUGUGAGCUGGGGGGUGGCAUGACAUGCUUGGCUGGGCUUAUGGUUGCUAUUUCUGCAGAUGUCAAAGAAGUUCUGUUAACUGAUGGAAAUGAAAAGGCUAUCAAAAAUGUGAGUGAUAUCAUCAACAGAAAUAAAAAAGCUGGAUUGUUCAGAGCCAAAGAAGUCUCAAGCAGCAUUUUACGAUGGGAUAAUGAGACAGAUGUAUCUCAACUGGAAGGACAUUUUGACAUUGUUAUGUGUGCUGACUGCCUGUUUCUGGACCAGUACAGAGCUAGCCUGGUGGAUGCAAUAAAGAGAUUACUUCAUCACAGUGGGAAAGCUCUGAUAUUUGCUCCACUUAGAGGAGAUACUCUAAACCAGUUUUGCAGUCUAGCUGAAAAGGCUGGUUUUUCUAUCCAAAGGCAUGAAAAUUAUGAUGAACACAUCUCAAACUUCCACUCCAAGCUUUCUUAA